UAAAGGUGGUAAAGGGGUGUGUGCGUUGAGGUGAAUGUAGAAGCCAGAGCAUACGGUACAGGGAAAAGGAUAUACUUAUAGCUUAGUUUACACUAUUUUAAUGGUGGCUGGCUAGCUUAAUUCCACAUGCUUAAUUUUGCAAAUCUUUUGCACCCCUUUAUUAUAUAACCGUUUCAUCCUCCAUAGCAUUCCAAAGGGUGUUCCGAGAAGGAAUCAAGCAACAAAAUUUCCAGGUGGAUCUUGGUAAAUUUGAUUUUGGUCCAAAAAUAGUAAGAAAAGAAAAACACCAUAGUUUAUAGUUUUCAUGUCCUUGCUAACGGUGGCGUACCAAAGGGGCUCAGGUGAGUUUAUCCGGUUCACCGCGGAUGACGGUGGUGAGGGUGAAUAUGGUCAUGGACAUGGUGAUGGUAGUGGUGGUUCACCAGGCUUCAAUUUUAACCAAGGGAUGCAACAACAAGGUGAGGUAACAAUGCAAGGUGGUUCUUUGGUUUCAGGGUACAACAGGGGUGAUCCAGAGUUGAGACAAAUGGUUUCAGCUUUGACACACGUUGUUUCGUCAGGGUCUGACCAGAGGAGCACCGAAUGGAUGCAACAAAGUGGUUAUCCCAUGAUGUCAGGUUUCGGACAUGCACCUUCUCUUUCUCGUUUGUCUUCUUUCUCUUCCUCUCCUUCUCCUUCUUCUGGUGUUGGUCAGAAAAGAGGGAGAGAAGAACAAGAGACUAAUACCUCUUCUUCACAUAACCUGAUGCAACAACAAACUGCUCCAAGACUCUUCAGAACAACAGUUCCUGACUUCGUGCUACCUUCUCAAGGAGACUCAUCUUCAGUGACUGAAGAAGUUCCCACCUCCACAACUACAACAGUAACAGUAACAGCAGCAGCAGCAACUGCUGUUACUGAAACUACGGCUGGAGAUGGGGAAAGGAGGAGAAAGUACAGGGGAGUGAGACAGAGGCCAUGGGGAAAAUGGGCAGCUGAAAUCCGUGAUCCACACAAAGCAGCACGAGUUUGGCUUGGCACAUUUGACACAGAAGAAGCAGCAGCAAGAGCCUAUGACGAAGCUGCAUUGAGGUUCAGAGGCAACAGGGCAAAGCUAAACUUCCCUGAAAAUGUUAGAGCAGUUCCACCUCUUCAACCUUUCCAUCCCGCCACAAGACUAACCGUUUCUGACUCCUCCACCACACAAUUCCGACCACUCACCACGGCCAUGGCGGCGCCACCCUUCAUUCAGCCGCCAAAUAUGCAAAGCUCCUCUGACUUGAUCAGAGACUACUUGCAAUACUCUCAGCUUCUACAGAGUGAUUUUCAACAGCAGCAUCAUCAGCCUCAGCUUCAUCAACAACAACAACCACAACCUUCUAGUUUGCUUCAGCAGUUCUACUACAAUGCACAAUUGGCUUCUCUUCAAUCACCUUCAUUAUUACCCUCAUCACCUUCAUUCUCUUCUUCUGUGUCACAAACUCCAUUCCCUUUAUUCUCAACAUCUCCUCAAUUUUCCUCUGCUUCAUUUCCCAUGUUUUCAAGUCAACAAAUGAGUUAUUUCCAGCCACUGGAAAGCCUCCCUCCAGCCGGCGGCAGGCCGGAGAUUCCGCCGUCAACAUGGUCCGAUACCGGUGGCCAGCCACCACCUUCCGGUUGAUCCAAUGUUUCAGCUUCGUUCAUAUUCUACUUUUUUGUUGUCUUACCCUUUUUCUUUCUUUCAUACUUAGGAUAAAAAAAAAACUUGUUUUACUUAUUUUUAAGGAUAAAACUUAAAUACAGUUUUUUUAAGUAUUUUUUGUCACUAUUAUUAUGAAAUCAAAAUUAGAGUUUCA